GUGUUGGCUAAAUGUUUGCUGUCAAAACGUGAAAAGAUAUAAAAAAAUAUAUAUUCUAUAGAGCUUUUAGAUUAAAUUUUAUUUCGAUUCAACUGCCGAUUUUACUUACGCGCAACUGCUACUUUCUGUGUUACAAAAAUAUUUAUUUCGUGCAGCAAGUACCGUCGGUUAGAAACAUGCUUUGUUGUUGAAAAAUUCUCGAAGAGUAGUGCAAAAAAAGAAAGCGAUGAAGUAGAAAGUUGUUAAAAUUACAUAAAUUUCAUUAAAAAACUUGCGGCGCUUUCAAUCUAUGGUGCUGAAGUUGUGCGUAAGCUAUAAAAAAUUACAUUUCAUUUGUUGUUCGAAUAUUCUUGCCACACCGUUGUCAUUCAUAUGUAAUCAACGCUCAGCUGUUCGUCAAACUGACGGCAUAACCUCAUUUUACCUGCUGUGCGCCAUUUGUGUAAAUUUGCAUUUGUUUCGCAACUGUUAUGAAAAAAUAGCACGCAUUAAUAUAGAAUAUUAUGUAAAAAACUAUAAAUUCCAAAAAUAAUUAAGCAAAACAAAUGUUCUGUGUGCAAACAAAUCGAAAACAAUUUUAAUUCUUUACGUGUGAAUCAUCGCUGUAGAAAACAAGUAUGGCCCGUUCGGCACAAGAUGCUCUUGCCGUUUUGCGGGGCAUACAAUUAGUAGCAGAGGCGUUAUGUCGCGAGCAGAGCGCACUAUGCAAAAACCGUUGGAAUCAGUCGAGUGUACGUGAACUUUUGCAAGGUAAUCUACAACAGAGCGCAAAUUAUUUUCAAAAAGUUGGUGAACAACCAGCCGAAGAAUUGAAAAAAUUACAACAAUUGCUACAGGAGACCAGUGAGCGUACUUGUGUUGUAAUUGAAGGUUUACGUCAAUUAGCUGUUGCGAAAGUGCCUGGUGAUUUGCGUAUGAGUCAGCAACAAUUGCAGCGUGCAAUGGGUGAUGCUUUUGUUGGCAGCAAUGUUGGUGGCAAGCAGCAGACAGCUGGCGUGAAAAACAGUGGUAGCGUUAAUAUAAAUGUUAGUAAUGUGGAUACCAGUAAGGCGGCCGGCCAAUUAGAUGCUGCACACUUGGAUAUAUCUUCGAUAACAUUAAAUGAACUGGAAGAGAUUCUAUCCAAACGUAAUAAAAAUCGUGAUAUAAGUUUGCGUAUGCCAACAACAGAGCAUAAGCAAGUUAAAGAUGAAAAUGUGCGAAAAACUGAAGGGAUUGCAGCUGCUAACGGCGAAGCAGCAACAGCGGGCACCAUAGUUACACCUACAACUGGCGUCACAAAACCUGUAACUAGCGCUAUAAAAGCUGAUACAGUUUACGUGGAGAAUAUACUUAAAGUUAUUGCCGGACAAACGGAUACAACGACAGAUGCUGCUCAACAAACGCCAGCAAUCGAACUACCAACUUUAAGCAAAGUUGCUAAGCAACGACGUGUACCAUCUAGUCGACUAGGUCGCAUGGCUUCCUUUGGUGGACUUUUUGCUGGUUUAGGUGUCGGCACCAUAAAUGAACUAACCAAAGGUGCACUGGGACUUGGCGGUUCCAAAAAUUUAAAAGAGGCCUUACUUAGUCCAGCCAAUGCUGAACGCAUAGUCGACACACUUUGCAAGGUGCGUGGUGCAGCGUUAAAAAUCGGUCAAAUACUUAGUAUACAAGAUUCGAAUGUGGUGUCACCGCAAUUGGCAAAAGCUUUUGAACGUGUACGUCAAGCGGCCGACUAUAUGCCAGAUUGGCAGGUGGAGCGUGUGAUGAACACACAAUUAGGUGCCGACUGGCGUGAUCUAUUGGAAAAUUUUGACAAUAAACCAUUUGCUGCUGCUUCUAUCGGUCAGGUGCAUCGUGCAACAUUGAAAAACGGCAUGCAAGUGGCUAUAAAAAUUCAGUACCCUGGCGUAGCACAAAGUAUCGAGAGUGAUAUUGAUAAUUUAGUAGGCAUGCUAAAAGUUUGGGAUGUCUUCCCGCACGGCUUUUUCAUCGACAAUGUGGUUAAGGUAGCCAAGCGUGAACUAAAUUGGGAAGUAGAUUAUACUCGCGAAGCUGAGUAUACGGAAAAAUUUAAGCAAAUGAUUGCGGCCUAUACCGAAUACUAUGUGCCUACAGUUAUUAAAGAUUUGACUACGGGUAGUGUGCUCACAACAGAAUUGGUGCCCGGUGUGCCACUGGACAAGUGUUUUGAUUUAAGCUAUGAGCAUCGCCAUCACAUUGGUUCCUCGGUACUCAAGUUAUGUUUGCGCGAACUAUUCGAGAUCGAGUGCAUGCAAACAGAUUCCAAUUGGUCGAACUUUCUUUAUGACGUUGAUACCAAACGCUUAAUGUUGAUUGAUUUUGGUUCCACACGUUUUUAUCAAAAGAAAUUCAUACAAAACUAUCGACAGAUAAUUAUAAACGCCGUGGAAGGCAACCGUGAGGGUGUUUUGCUCAUGUCACGUGAGAUGGGCUUCCUCACUGGCUAUGAAACCAAACAAAUGGAGGAGGCGCAUGUUGAUGCCGUAAUGAUUUUGGGCGAAAUGUUUUGUUUUGACGGCGAAUUCGAUUUUGGUAAACAAAAUACCACUGAACGUAUCGCCCAUUUAGUACCAACAAUGGUCGCCCAUCGCCUAUGUCCACCACCAGAGGAAAUCUAUUCGAUACAUCGCAAAUUGUCGGGCAUAUUUUUGUUGUGCGCUCGCCUUAAUGUACGCCUAAAUUGUCGGCCCUACUACGAAGAGAUUGUGAUUAAGAAAUUUAAGGAAUGAAAUUAUUGAAAUAUUUACUUAUUGAAGGUUGUGAAAAUUUGUUCCAAAUUUUAAGUUUUCACACAUCUUUUCAUUGUUGCGUCUUUCACAUCUUUUUCAUUGUUUGUUGAUUGGCCUUCCAUUUCUAAAAUCGUACAUAUUCUUUUGUAUUUUCAAACUUAUUUACUUUAAGUUUAGAGUUAAUUCGAAAUAAUUAAAGAAAUAAAAGUAAAACAGAGUAA